CUUCGAUAACCUUGAAUACAUAUAGGCAUAGCCGUUGGUUUGGGGGCGUUCAGGUUUAGCGGCGCUGCAUGGCAAUGGCAUUCUUUAGCGACAUUGUUGGAUCUUGGACCAUUGUUAAUGUUAAGGUUAAAGCGUUAUGAUACACUUAUGUCGACGUGUGGCGAAUAUUUUAUCGAAAUACCAUGGACGAAUUACCGUGGACGCAAUGUUGGUACGACACAAAAACAGUGGGAAACACCCGACUGCUGGUAUAAUCGUCAUAGGGGAUGAAAUUCUGAAAGCUCAAGUGAAAGAUACUAAUUCUUUUUACGCAUGCAGUUUGUUGUACAAGCACGGAGUCAAGGUUCAGAAAAUUUCAGUUGUACGAGACAAUACCGAAGAUAUCGCAGAGGAAAUAAAACAUUUCUCUGAAAAAUACAACUAUGUUUUCACAACUGGUGGUAUAGGACCAACUCACGACGACGUUACGUACGAAGCUGUGGCAUUGGCUUUCCAUGACACGUUACACUAUCAUUCCACACUGGUGGAGAUUGUGAAGAAUCGCUUUGGUUGUAAAAAUUUUCCAUCCCCUAGUUACAAAAUGGCAUAUGUGCCGACUAAAUCCGAGCUUAAGUUUGGAAUAAACGAAGCCACAGGACAACCCUUUCCUUAUCCCUGCAUAGUAAUGCGGAACGUUUUCGUUUUCCCUGGAUCACCCAAAUUUUUUGAAUCUAGUUUUCAAGCUUUAUGCAAAGAGUUUUUCGCUUUCUACAGACGCUUCGCUACAGCUGAAGUUUACGUAAACGCGAACGAAGAAUCGUUCGCGAAUGUUUUAACCGCGGUUGUACAGGAGUGUCCAAAUGUUUCCUUUGGAUCGUACCCGGAACAUAGCAGGUAUUACAAAGCUCGCGUUACCAUAGAAAGCGAGAACGAGGAGGACACCGAAACAGCAAGAAGAAUGUUUUGCGAACGUAUUUCUACCGAUGCACUGGUGGAAUACGAUCGCACGCCCCACGUCGAUUGUCUCGCAAAGUACGAGAAGUUGCUUCGACAGCCUCAACGUCGAUCGAUUCACGAGAGUUCCUUCGAGAAAUUUGUAAAUUAUUAUCAGAAACCUGAAGAAGUAUGGAUAUAUUUGGACGGCAGCGACGAAUCGAUCGUCAUGGUGCAUCUUGCACGUGUCGCCAAUUGUAAACUGCGACAGAGUUCUAAGUCGAAAUUGCAUGCAUUCUACUUUAAUUUUGAUCAUUUAGAAUCUGGUAUGAUUGAAUUUCUUCGAGAAAUUAGUGAUCGGUACAAUGUCGAAUUAUAUAGUCUGCGAAGCAAUGAAAGUGACAUUUGUCGAUUGAUUGCAUCGCGACCGGAAUUGCAAAUAUUGCUGCUUGGAAAACGUUCGAAUAGCAAUGAAAAAGAGAUUUACGAGAAUCUUACACGAUUCAGUGACAACAAAUCUCCCGUGCAAAUACAUUUCCCUCUUAUCGACUGGUCGGACGAAGAUGUUUCAAGUUUCGUAGUCUCUCUCUCUUUACCUUAUUAUACGACAGGUGAAACUCAAUUGGCGCGGUAGGAAAUGGAUAACAAACGAGAAAAUCGGAUAAGGAUUUGCAAUGUCAAUGAAACUGGAAUCAGAAGUGAUCAUGCUCAAUUCAAAUCGAAUUUCGUAAUUCGUCGAUAACUAUCCAUCGCAGUAAAUAAACAUGCAGACGAUGAAAGGGAAAAUAAAGACCGCUUCAUAGUUGGAAAAUUUUUAUAUAUUCAUGGCUCCCAUUUGUAUCAAGGAUUUUUAGCUGUCUUCAAAUUUAUAGAUUUAUCCGCGAUAAAAACGUGGAGGAUUUUACGAGUCGAGAGAUAUAGCGAAAAAGAUCUGUUGUACAAUGUAUCGAAAUGCAAUUUAUUAUUUGUCUCGUGUAACGAAUAAGUAAUGUACAAAAUGGUAUAAACGAACAUAAUUUAACCUUA